GUAGUCUCUGCAUGUGGGUGAAGGUACUACAAUUCCCAUCAUCUGUGGUCCAACCUCCCCCAAACCUCAUCAGCAUGUUAAGUGGGUCAUGGAGUUUCUAUAUCCCAAGUUCAGUCAUUGGUGGGGAUCAAAGUGGCUUCUGGAGUCAGGUGAAGGAACUGCAAAUCCCACCAUCCUUGGUCCAUCUCCACCAAACCUUGCCAGGGCAUCAUUGUCUCUGAAUAUUGGGCUAUUAUUAUUACUAUUAUUUUAUUUAUUAUUAUUGUUUUAAAUUAUUAUUGUCUUUAUGUAUUUCUAUUAUUUAUUCUCCUCCUUUUUCUGCCUUUUCUUUCCUUCUUUCCUCUUAAGGGUGGACUCACCCCCUUCCUCUGUGACCUUUGUUGAUCCCAAAUAAUUAUCCCCGGGUGACACCAAGUGAAGAUGUCUCAAUUCAGAAAGAAGAAAGGACGGGAGAAUUACCUGCCGCACCUGCAGCUGGUUUCUCAGGUGAGCCAUUAGGGCUCCUCCUGAGAGGGAUUGAUCAUUAACUCCCGGCGGCGGUGAGAGCCGGUUCCUUAUAAAACGGAGAAAAGGAAAGGAAGAGAAGAAAGGGAAGGAUGGAGGCCACCACGCUCCCACAGGGGUUGCUGACCACGAUGGAGAAAGAGGCCACCCGCAAGAGGGUGGCGGUGGACAACCCGGCUGACAUAGCUGUGAUUGUGGUCUACUUCCUGGUGGUCCUCGCCGUGGGCCUCUGGGUGAGUCACUGGGGCCCCCACAUUCUCCACUUUCCUGAAUCCUUGAUCCACCAAAUUCCCUCAAUCCCCAAUUCAUGAAUUCCCCUGAAUCUACAACUCUACAAAUACUUGAUUCUCCCAAUCCACGAAUCCCUCAGAUCUCUCAGUCCUUGGUUCUGUGAAUUCUCCAAAAUUGCAAAUCCUUGAUUCACCAACUCCACAAAUUCCCCUGAUCCCUCAACCCUUGUUUCUGUGAUUUCCCCAAAUCUGCAAAUCCUCGAUUUUCCAAAUUCUUGAUUCACCCAAUUCCCCAAAUCCUUGAUUCACCAACUCCACAAAUUCCCGAUCCCUCAACCCUUGAUUCUGUGAACUCCCCAAAUCUGCAAAUCCUUGAUUCUCCAAAUCCUUGAUUCAAACAAUUCCCCGAACCCUUGAUUCACCAACUUUACAAAUUCCCCAGAUUUCUCCACCUUUGAUUCUGUGAAUUCCCCAAAUCCACAAAUCCUUGGCUCACCAAACCCAUGAAUUCCUCAAAUCCCUCAAUCCUUGAUUCACCCAAUUCCCCGAAUCCCUCAAUCCCUGAAUUCUCCAAAUCCCCAAAUCCCUGACUCCACAAAACCCCAAAUCUCUAAAUGCCUGAUUCAAAUGCCAAUUCCCCAAAUGCACGAAAUCCCCAAAAUCCCAAAUACUUCACUCCCUAAAUCCUCCAAUCUGUGACUCUUCGAACUCGUGAAUCCCCGAUGGCCCAAAUCCCUCAAUUCCUUGAAUUCCCAAUUCUCCAGAUCCCCAACUCCUCAAUUCCCAAAUCUCUGAAUGGUUGGAUUCCUUGGGCUUUUAGAAAGAUGUAUCUCUGUGAUUGAUUGAUUGAUUGAUUUAUAUCCAGUUGCCCUGUUGUUCUGUGAGGCGGAUUCUCUGGACUUGUGACAGCCUCCACUGUCCACUUUAAUCAAUCACUCAAUCAAUCAAUCUAGUUAGCCAACCAUGGAGCAACUGACUUAUUUUCUUGAUUGAGCUGUCUCAUUUGUCAUGUUCACUAUCUAUUGAUCCAUAUUUUAGGCUAUUUAUUUAUCUAAUAUCUUUCUCUCUUUUUCUCUCUACAGUUCUAUCAUCUAUAAAUAUCUACCUAUAAUCUAUCCAUCAUUAUCUACCUAUCGAUUGAUCUGUAAUUCUAUUAUUCUAUCUUCAAUUCUAUCUAUCAAUAUAUAUCUAAUAUCUUUUCUCUCUUUCUCUAUCUACAAUUCUAUCAACAAUUUUCUAUCUCUAUCAUCCAUCUAUCUAUCAUCUAUCUACCUAUCUAUCUAUCUAUCUAUCUAUCUAUCUAUAUCUUUCUUUCUCUAUUUAUGUUUCUCUAUCCUAAUCAAUACCUUCCAUUACUUGACAUUUAUGUGUUUCCUCUGAUUUUAGGCCAUGUAUUCCACGAACCGUGGGACCGUCGGGGGCUUCUUCUUGGCCGGGCGCAACAUGGUCUGGUGGCCAGUGAGUGGCUUUAUUGAUCCACUGAUUGAUUGAUCGAUCAAUCAACUACAUUGAGAUAAUUUUCCAAGAAAGGCACUUCAUAACGUUGCCUCUCCUUCCACUUUUCCCAAAUUGGGGCAAAUGGUUUCCUGAUGUUUAAUUGAUCAAUGAAUUGAUAGACUGACAAAUAGAUUGCUUGAUUAAUUGCUUGCUUUCCGAUAUCCCCCAGAUCGGGGCCUCCCUCUUCGCCAGCAACAUUGGCAGCAGCCAUUUCGUGGGGCUGGCCGGGACCGGGGCGGCCGCUGGUAUCGCCAUUGGGGGGAUCGAGUGGAACGUGAGUAUUGAUCCAAUCGAUUCAUUGAUGAUAGGAAAUUGGGCUAUCUAUCUAUCUAUUUUAAUUGUCUCCAGGCGCUCGUGAUGGUGGUGUUCCUAGGCUGGCUGUUCGUCCCCAUUUACAUCAAAGCCGGGGUGAGUACAGACCUUAAUUAUGACCCUAAGACUAAUAGGGCUCUAACUAGAUGUUUCACAGGCAUUUAAUAGGUUUGGGAGGACAAUAGCUUUAUAAACAAGCAUCUUGGUAUCUCUAUGGAUGUCCCCAUCUUCAAAUACUCUUUACUCCAUUCAGAAGAAUGCUGCACUCGCAGAGCUCAGGCGGUGUUGUAUUUCAGUGUCAAUGUUGACGUUUUUAUUCAACCUGUCCUUGAUUCUAAAAUGUAACCCUAUCCACCCUUACUCCAGCCCUAACCCUUGUUCUAACCCAUCAUUGAGUCUAAAACAUUAUCCUAUCCACCCUCACUCCAACCUUAACCCUAAUUCGAACCCAAUCCUAACCCUAACUGACUGUAACCCGAUUCUUGUUUGAACCCAACCCUCCUCCCGAUCCUAACUCUAACUCUACCCAUCCCUUACUCCCACCUUAUUUGUAGCCCUAAAGCUACCCAACUUCAACAUAAUAUGUAAAUAUCCUAACAAUAACCCUAACCCUUAUCCUAACAAAGUCUUAGUCUAACCAUAACCUCAAUCCUGACACUAAUUAUAAUCAGUCCUUGAAUCACAAUCUCACCGAUCUUUGACCCCUGACCCUAAUCUUUAAGGUGCCUAACUGUAACUGAUCCCGAUUCCUGACUCUUCUUCUAACCCUUAUCAGGUGGUGACGAUGCCGGAGUACCUCAAGAAGCGCUUCGGAGGGAAGCGGAUCCAGAUCUACCUCUCCGUCCUUUCGCUCCUGCUCUACAUUUUGACCAAGAUCUCAUCAGACAUCUUCUCAGGGGCUAUUUUCAUCAAGUUGGCCAUGGGGCUGGACAUCUACGUGGCCAUCAUCAUGCUGCUGGCCAUUACAGCCCUCUACACCAUUACGGGAGGCUUAGCUGCGGUCAUCUACACGGACACCUUGCAGACCGCCAUCAUGUUGGUGGGGUCCGUCAUCCUUGCUAUAUUCGCCUUCAACGAAGUGGGGGGCUAUGAGCAGUUCAGGGAGAAGUACAUGAAGGCCAUCCCGAAGCUCACCGAGGCCACCGCCAACAUCUCCGAAACGUGCUACAUGCCGCGUCCGGACGCCUUCAGCAUCUUCCGGGAUCCCAUCAAUGGAGAUCUGCCUUGGCCAGGAAUGGUCUUUGGCCUCACCAUCUUGUCCCUUUGGUACUGGUGCACAGACCAGGUGAUUGUGCAGCGGUGCCUGUCUGCCAAGAGCAUGUCUCACGUCAAAGGGGGCUGCAUCCUGUGUGGAUACCUGAAGCUGCUGCCCAUGUUUCUGAUGGUGAUGCCAGGGAUGAUCAGCCGCAUCCUCUACACAGAUGAAGUGGCCUGCAUCGACCCUGACAAGUGCUGGGAUGUCUGCGAGACGAAGGUGGGCUGCUCCAACAUCGCUUACCCCUUGAUGGUGGUCAGGCUCAUGCCCAAUGGUUUGCGAGGUCUGAUGCUGUCGGUGAUGUUGGCCUCCUUGAUGUCCUCCUUGACUUCCAUCUUCAACAGUGCCAGCACUCUCUUCACGAUGGACAUCUACACCAAGAUCCGGACCAAGGCCAAGGAGAAGGAGCUCAUGAUCGUUGGAAGGGUCUUCAUUGUGAUCCUGAUCAUCCUGAGCAUCCUUUGGGUCCCGGUCAUCCAGCAGGCCCAAAGCGGGCAGCUCCUUGACUACAUCCAGUCCGUCACCAGCUACUUGGGGCCUCCGAUCACGGCCGUCUUCGUCCUGGCCAUCUCGUGCAAGAGAGUCAAUGAGACGGGGGCCUUCUGUGGUCUGGUGCUGGGCCUCCUGAUAGGCCUUUCCCGGAUGAUCACAGAGUUCAUCUUCGGGACAGGGAGCUGCGUCCAUCCCAGCAACUGUCCUGACAUCAUCUGUAAGGUCCACUACCACUACUUCGCCAUGCUCCUCUUCACCAUCUCCAUCGCCAUCAUUCUAACCACCUCCUUCCUUACUAAGCCCAUUGACGACAUCCAUCUGUAUCGCCUCUGCUGGUCCCUCCGCAACCGGACAGAAGAACGGAUUGACUUGGACGCUGAGGAGGAAGGGGACAAGGAGGAAGAGACCAUCUACCAGGACCAAACGCUGACCAAUCAAGAGGCUUCCUGCGGCCGUAAAGCGCUGAACUGGUUCUGUGGCCUGGAGGACCAAAGCGGCCCCAAACUGAGCCAGUCGGAGGAGGAGGCCCUGCGGCAGAAGUUGACCGACACAAGCGAGGACCCUUUCUGGAAGCGAGUGGUCGACAUGAAUGGCAUCCUGCUCUUGACAGUGGCCAUCUUUUGCUACAGUUUCUUCGCCUAGAGGAGCUGGACAAUUUGCAUAUAUUGGCUAAAAUUUACAUAAAAUCUGCAUAUAUUGGCAUAAUUUGCAUAAACUGUGUACAUUACCAGAAAUCUAUAUAUAUAAAAGAGUAAUGGCAUCACGGCAAUUCACAAAACAACAAAAGUACAGGCCCCCCAACCUCAAAAUUUGACAACACAACCCAUCAUCCACGCCUCAAGGUUGAUACAACAAAAAGAAAAGAAAAAUAAAGUCCAAAUUAGAGGGAGAGUAAUAAUUUUUUUUAUCCAAUUGCUGCCAGUUUAGAGGGCUAAUCUCUGCCCACUUUGUUGCCUAGCAACCAAGGGACAGCCAGGUUUCAGUUAGGGGACAGGCAGAUUUAGGCCUCACUUAGACUUCUUCCACAGAUUAUCUAAUUUGCACUGGAUUAUAUGGCAGUGUAGACUCAAGGCCCUUCCACACAGCUAUAUAACCCAUUUAUAAUCUUAUAUUAUCUGCUUUGCACUGGAUUAUCCACACUACCAUAUAAUCCACUUCAGUGUGCAUUUUAUACAGCUGUGAAGAAGGAGCCUCAUAUAAUCCAGUUCUGAGCAGAUAAUAUAAGAUUAGAAAUAUACAGUUGAGUCUCACUUAUCCAACGUAAACAGGCUGGCAGGAUAAGUGAAUAUGUUGGAUUACAAGAAGGGAUUCAGGAAAAGCCAAUUAAACAUCAAAUUAGGUAAUCGUUAUACAAAUUAAGCACCAAAACAUCAUAUUAUACAACAAAUUUGACAGAAAAAGUAGUUCCAUGCGCAGUAAUGCUAUGUAGUAUUUACAGUAGAGUCUCACUUAUCCAACACUCGCUUAUCCAACGUUCUGGAUUAUCCAACGCAUUUUUGUAGUCAAUGCUUUCAAUAUAUCGUGAUAUUUUGGUGCUAAAUUCAUAAAUACAGUAAUUACUAUAUAGCAUUACUGUGUACUGAACUACUUUUUCUGACAAAUUUGUUGUCUAACAUGAUGUUUUGGUGCUUAAUUUGUUAAAUCAUAACUUAAUUUGAUGUUUAAUAGGGUUAUCCUUAAUUCCUCAUCAUCCAACAUAUUCGCUUAUCCAACGUUCUGCCGGCCUGUUUAUGUUGGAUAAGUGAGACUCUACUGUACUGUAUUUACAAAUUUACCACUAAAAUAUCACAAUGAAUUUAAAACACUGACUACAAAAACAUUGAUUAUGAAAAGGCAGACUGCAUUGGAUAAUCCAGAACAUUGUAUAAGCGAAUGUUGGAUAAGUGAGAUUCUUCUUUAAUAUGAAAUAAUUACUGGGAUAGAAUAAUGCAGGACAAUAUAAUCUCUAAAACCAGGGGAAUUCCACACAGGAAACAAUCGGGGCCAGCUAACACCUCCCAACAAAGUAUUCCCAUCAUCAAAGUCUGGCAAAUCCUGUUUUCUCAGGGCCACAGACAGUAGAAUCACAUAAAAUAUUGCAAACAACACCACUCUGAAAACAAGGAAAUUCCAAACAGGAAAGAAUCAGGGCCAGCUAAUACCUCCCAACAAAGUAUUCCCAUCAUCAAAGUCCGGAAAAUCCUCUGUUUCCUCACAUAAUUAAUAAGAGAACUGAUACACAGAAGGUGGCCAAACUGGGUCGUGACAAGGCAAAGAAAGAUAAUAAUAAUAAUAAUAAUAAUAAUAAUAAUAAUAAUAAUAAUAAUAAGGCAAUAAUUUUUCCUUUUGAUUUUAAAUCUUUUUUUUCCUAAUUUUCUCUUUCACCUUUUUUAUUCCUUUCACCUUCCUUCCAUUUUGUAUUUUUUAAUGCGCAAUUUGAAGUGAAAUGGGAACUUUUAUAAUAAUUAAUAAUAAUUAAUAAUAAUUGUAUGUCUACCAGCCUUACCCCAUGGCUCAGCUAAAAAUACAUAAAUACUAUAAAAAUUCUACAAACACACAUUAAACUUCAUUUCCAUAAAACAUACAGAUCAAAGCAUUUAGGUAAAAUACACAUUAAUCACACAGGACAGAGCUUAAAAUUCAUGCUUUCACCUGGCUGAGAAAGCCAGUAAUAAUAUAAUUAAUAAUAAUAGCAUUAUUAUUAUUAUUAUUAUUAAUAAUAAUAAUAAUGUCAUUUAUUAAAGGCUGGCUGGUGAACACUCUUUGUACUGUAUAACUGUGAGA